GUCUUUCGGGCAAGAGGCUUAAUGCAAAGCGUUCUGCGCAUGCGCGAGAAUCGUAGUUGAGAGGCAGUGGUAGUGUGGUGUAGCAGUUGUUUGUCUGUCAAACAUUAUGGCAAGCCAGGAGGAUGAUGUUGAUGCAGUUACUAGUGUGGAUGUUGACAGGUUGUUGUUUUAUGUACAAAACAACCCACCAAUUUACAAUGCAUCGUUAAAGGAACACCAUAAUGUGGACGUCAUCUCAAAAAUUUGGAACGACAUUGGCAAAGAGCUGAGUGUACCAGGUAACAUAUGCAAGAAAAAGUGGACCAAUCUACGUGGCUCAUACGUUAGAUACGUAAAGGAGUUGAAAAAGACACCCAGUGGUUCCAAGCAACUAAAGAAAAAGUGGCACUUAUUUGAUGCUAUGAGCUUCCUCCAACCUUGGAUUGGUACUACGCGGAAAAUGACAGGUAGUUUAGAUGACUCUUUGAAAAAUAACACCGAUGUGACCCAAGACAUUUUAAAUGAACUACAAGAAGAGGGAGAAGUUGAAGUCGCUCCUAAACCACUUAUUGAAAAUCAAAACAACUUUAACCCCUCAAAAAAACAAAGAAGAACUACAGCAGAUAUAGUGGCUGCACCAAUGGUGGAAUACCUAAAAACUGUCACAGAAAAACGUAAAGCUGGAGAGGAAAAAUCUGAUAGUGCAAUGUUAACAUUUUUUAAAAGUUUAGUUUCUGAAGCCGAAACGCUUUCUCCAAAAAGACAACGCCUCUUCAAAUCGUCGGUCAUGGCAAAAUUGCAUAGCCUGUUGGAUGAUCAAGAUAGUGAGCAGAGUUGCUACACUCCGUCCCCUGCUUCAGUGGCUUCGUCCUCAAGCUCAACGUUGAACCAUCAGUUCUUUCCUCUGAUUAACCAGUUGCAUGACGUCAACUGUAAUGAUGAACAAGCAUCUUUGGGCAACAUAGUGAUGGAUCACAGGAAUGAGAUGAAUGACUCUGAACGGCGGGCCACAAUUCAUGCCCCAGCCACCAACACAAGUAGUAACUCCGAGAGUGAUGUGGAAAAGUUAAUAGCACCCCCCACGGUCAUGGAUGUGACCGAGACAACACCACCCCCCACUGCCAUGGAUGUGGAGGAGUCCAUGCCACCCUCAAUGGAUAUGGACGUAGGAGAGCCAACGCAGUGUGCGACUAUCAAUGAAGUAGUCCCACCGUCCCAGGAACCCACACCAGGUCCCUCAAGGAGGAAGGAUCCAGUGUUCUGCAAACGAGUCUCGACACCUGGUAAGCGCAAACGGGCUGGCAAGCCACGUAUAAAAAUCCAAUUACCGGAUGGACAGCGUAAAUAUGUACCCGUAGACCAGGCAUAG